AUGUCUUCCGAGUCUCUCUUCUCGCCUGAUCUCAUCUCGUCUGAAGUCGCCGCUGCCCUACCAGAGGGCUACACAAUCCGUCCCUUGCANAAGAAUGACUACCACGCUGGCUUCCUAGACGUGCUUGCCGUCNNCCUCACAACUGUCGGCAACGUUCCGGAAGAGGACUUCAACCAACGCUUCGAAGAGAUGAAGGCAUCCGGCACACUGGGAAGAGGUGCAGGUGGCUACCACAUACUAGUCAUUCUCAAUGGCGAGAACAAGAUUGUUGGCACUGGCGCCUUGAUCGUCGAGAAGAAAUUCUUGGGACAAGUCGGUCACAUUGAGGAUAUUGCUGUUGCAAAGGACCAGCAGGGCAAGAAGCUUGGUCUUCGGAUCAUCCAAGCACUAGACCAUGUUGCCGAGAAGGUUGGNACCAUUCUCGACUGCUCAGAGGCCAACGAGGGCUUCUAUGUCAAGUGUGGCUUCAAGCGCGCCGGCCUCGAAAUGGCACACUACUACAAUAAAUCAUAA